AUGAGGUCGUCGUCGGGCCGCACGAAUGCGGGAGCCGCCGGGAUGGGGUUCACGUCGCCGAGCGACGCAGACGCCGCCGAGGCGCGUCGGCUCCAACGCGCCGCAUUGUUGCAAGCGCGCGGCGGGCCCAAUUCUAUGGAGAAGCGAUUCCUGCGCUUUAUAUCGGCCGGAACCUUCCUGGAUUCUGCCACUUUAAGCUCCGUCGCGCCGAUCCUCCCGGGCUACGCGCGUCGCUUCGGCCUGACGCAGCACGCCGUCACGCUGCUCCUCGCGGCGCGCAACGUCACGUCCGUGCUCGCGUCGCUCCCCAUAGGCGUCCUCCUCCUCUUAAUCUCCGUCCCCACCAUCUUCGCCGCGACCUUCUCUCUCUCCACCCUCGCCUCUCUCUCCCUCGCGUUUCCGAUCGCCGGGGCGGGUUCGCUCGCCGCUGCCCUGGUGCUUCAGGGCGUCGCCACCCAAUCCGUGCGCAGCGUCGGGCUUUUUUUUGCUGCCCGGGUUUGCGGGUCCGGCGCGUCAUUGGACGAGGUGGUGGACCAGCUGGCGCAGAAGGGCAGCGAGGGGCUGCACAAACUUUUGGGCUCGGGCAGGCUGUGGACUGCCCGGGGAAGGACGUCGUUAAGUUAUGGUUUGAUGGGGGAUGGGAGGAGAGGGACGAGCAGCCUUAGCGGCAUCAGCAACACUCCGUACGAGCGUCUCACCCCUUCCCAGCAGCAGCAGCAGCAGGAGCAGGAGGAGGAGGAGGAGGAGCAGCUGCAGGAAAUAGAGGGGCAGGGUUGGAGGGAGUUUUCAGGAGGAAGCGUUUCGGGACUGAGCGGAAGAGAGACACAGGUGUUCCGAUCGGCAGCAGCAGAUUACUCCCUCACAGGCACCCACUUCCCCACCACCUUUGCAGACGGCAUGGACGGCACCCCCUCUGGAUCCUCCUCUGCAGCUUCCUCCGCAGCUUCCUCUGCGGAAUCCUCGCUGCUGAUCGGCGUGAUUGGCUCGUUGCUCGGGUGGGCGUCCCUGGGAACGCUCAUCGGGCCGCUCUUUGGCUCGUUCGCUUACCAGUACCUCUCCCCGUGGAUCGCGUAUCUCGUUGCGGCUGUGGCUGCGGCUGUGCUCUCGUUCCUCUCCUUCCUGCUCUCCCCUGAAGCGCACUCUCUUGACCGCCUCGAGUUUCAGUUCCGCUGGCGCAAGAAAAAGCAGCAGAAGCAGCAGCAGCAGGAGCAGGAAGAGAUGGAAGAGCAGGAGGAACCGCAGCUGCAGCAACAGGGUAACCCAUCGUCCUACGCUCUCACAAAUACCUCCUCGAACCCCCCUGGUGGCGUUGAUACCUUGCAGUCUUCACCCAGCCCUGUGUCAUUAGGCCUCGCCUCUGGCUCCACAGCACAACCAGGCCCUGACUCCAUCGUCAGUCCUGGCUUCCUGGCGGGCAGCGGGCAGGUGACGGUAAAUUUCGAGGCGCUAGGGGUGGAGCCGCCUCCAGAACCUUCCGACCUGCCCGACUCGUUCUUUUCGUCGUUUGCGUCUCGCCAGGAUGAACCUUCAGGUGCCCCUUCAGGGCAGGCAGCAGAGUACAAUGAUGGAGAUUUUGUGCUGACACGGAGAUUCGAACCCAUGACCUCUGCAUCCAACCCUGCAGCUGCCUCUGCCCCUGCUGACGGCCCCGAACACACUCCACAACCCCUCAACUCUUCUUCUUCUGCACAGCCACGCCACUCCUCUCCUUCUCCACAAACCGUUGACUCCUCUCCUGCUCCUCAGCCCCGCAUGUCUGCCCCUCAGGCGUCCCUGCCCACUAGUUCCGUCCCCCUCAUCCCCCCUCCCAGCCCCACACCUGACAGUGCGACGGUGACUGCUUCUGCCCCUGUUGCUCCAGCCCUUGUUCCCUCUGCCCCUGCCACUGCCUCUGGCGGAUCUGCCCCUGCCGUUACCUCUGAAUGUGAACCUGAACCUGCCGCUGCCUCUGGUGCUGGAGGCCUGGGAGCUGCUGCUGUUAUGGGUGCAGGCGCUGCUGCUGAAGGGAGUUCUGUGAGCACAGACGCAGAAGCAGAAGCGGAUGCGGAGUGGCACGAGGUGCCUCUGUCAAACGACUCCACCCAUGCUGCUGCUUCACGCGCCCGCUUGCACGCCCACGCCCGGGCGGCGCUCUCGUCGUUUUCCGCGUUUUUCACGUUUCUCGUCGCGCUGGCUUCGUCCGUGCUGCUCUAUGUGAGGAGUUGGUCCCCGGGAGCGACGAAUUCGGUCGGGAUGACUAUUCUCGCGUGGACACUUCCUUUGCUUAUGAUUCAAGAGUUAUCGUGUAGCGCGGCCCGCAUUCCACUGUAUUUAUUGAUGGCGGCGAAUGGUGUCGGGUACGCUCUUACGGAGCUUCCGAGCUUUGCCUCGUUGGUGUCUGCAUCGGAGAGUGAGGAAGACGAGGAGGUGAAUCUGCUUGAUAGUGGGUAUGCGCGGAGCAGCUCAUAUGGGGAACGGAGUGGAGGAGAAAAGCAUAUCGAUGUGGCGGUGUUGGUUGCGUUGUACAACGGUGCGGGUGUGCUGGGGUAUGCGUUUGGUCCGUUGUUGUCUACUGCGCUUGCUUCCAAGCUCCCGGCUUUUUGGGUGAUGGUGUGUGUGUCUGGAUUCCUGUGGCUGGUUCGCAAGGAGGGCACACAGCGGUGGCACACGCUGCGAGACGUGCUCGACCUUCGACAGCUGCUGCGCGCGCGGAAACACGGGCAGGCGCCCCCUGAUGCCUCAGCGACAGCAUCAGCAGGAACCCCUUCACGGACAGCAGUGUCCUUGGAGGCCGCCACUGCCGCGUCAGCAGCUGCGUUGGCGGGGAUCUCUCCGCGGCGAGACGGGUCCCCUGCUGCCGCCACGUCAGCCGCCGCGUCAGCAGCCGUGCCAGUUGUCAGCCUGAUCUCCGCAGACGACCCAAUCACGAAUCUGUUCAAGACGCCCGGACAGGAGUGGUUCUACGUGGACAUGCACGGGGAUGUGCAGGGGCCCUUCAGCUCGCAGAAGAUGCAGCGCUGGUGGACCAACCCCCUCUAUAAGGACCACUUCUCCUCGUUAAAGUGCCGCAGAGGGCACCAUGGCGAGUUCCGCCUGCUGCCUGAAAUAGCAGAGGAGGCGGCAGCAAGAGGGCCCCCUCCGGAAUCACCCAAGCAACUUGGGUAUAGAGACCCUGGCAGCGCGGGGAAGAAGGCUCCAAAGAGUGAGAGAUAUGUGCGGUCGGGGUCAAGGAAGGAGGAGAGCGAUCUGGUCAAGGAGGUGGAGGAGCUGAAGCAGCAGGUGGAGCGACUGGAGGUGGAUAACGAGGGGCUGCGGAACUCGCAGGAGGACACCUUCAUUCUGCGCAUGCAAGUGGAACGCUUGUUGAGGGAGAAAGCAGAGCUAGCACGGGAAGUGACGAUGCUGAAGAGGGAGAAGGAGUCUCUCCAGGAGCUGCUGCAGUACGCGCAGCAGUUUGACAUUGCGGACGAGGGCGUGGCUGAUGAGCUGAUAGCGGGCGAGGAGGGCGAGGGCAUGGGCCGGAACGAGUGGGGGGCGGGCGAGGGGGACCGGGCCACAGAGGAGUGGUUUCAGAUGCUCGAGGCUGCCUCUCAUAAAAACCCCAGCGGCUUAGAGGAGAAUUAA